UUUCAGCUCGUCGUGUUCGUGGCCUUCGUGGGUGCCGCCAAUGCCGGACUCCUACCCGCGGCUGCGCCCUUGUCGUACGCCCCAGCUGCGCACAUCGCCUACGCCGCUGCACCUGUGGCCAAGGCCGUGGUAACAAAGACAGUGGACGCCGACUUCGACCCUCAUCCCCAAUACAGCUACGCCUAUGAUGUCCACGACAGCCUGACCGGUGACGACAAGAGCCAGCAGGAAACUCGCGACGGAGAUGUUGUCCAGGGCAGCUACUCCCUCCUCGAGUCGGACGGAACCAGGCGCAUCGUCGACUACACCGCCGACUCGGUCAACGGAUUCAACGCAGUAGUGCGCAAGGAACCGGCCGCCGUCGCAGUCAAGGCCGUGGCCGCCGCUCCCAUCGCCCACGCUCCAGUGACCUACGCCGCCUCCGCGCCAGUCCUAGCCGCCCCUGUCGCCAAGAUCGCCACCCCCUACGCGCAAGCGUACUACGCCGCCCCUGCCGCUAAGCUCGCCGUCGCUCACGCCGCUCCCUUAGCCGCCUCCUACGCAGCGCCGUACGCAGUCGCCCACGCCGCCCCCGUCCACGUCGCCCACGCUGCCCCCAUCGCCUACGCCGCACACCCCGCGCCUCUCGCCAAGUUCGCGGCCGCCCAUGCCCUCACCUACGCCGCCCCCACGCACUACUACUAA